AUGGGAAGAAGAGCAGCAUGCAGAUCUAGCGCCGCCAGCCGCCAGGGCUGCGUGCUGAAGCCCCAGUCCACCGGAAGCCCGCCACCCGCAUGGCCAGGCCACCAGCACCACGCCUACCCCAUCGCUCACCGCCAAGCCAAUGGAGUCUCACCGAGGGGCCGCCGCCCCAAAUCCAGAGAGCCACGCCCACCCAUCUCCGAAGAGACGAGUAGCUCGCGCGAAGCCGGCCGCUCCAGCCACCGCAACGAGCACCACUCCGAGGCGCCAUCCCAGACCGACCCCCUCCAAGCACCCCAACGCCAUGAUCCAGAUCUGGCCGCUCCAAGCAGAGGAAGCAGCCCACUGGACGGGGAAGCACCCAGCAACGGCCAGGCCUGCUCCCCAGACCAGCCGGCGGUAGGAGGCAAGGCCCCAGCCCGCGGGGAGACCACCAGGACGAGAUCCAGCGGCGGCGAUCUCCACGCAGCCCCGCGCCGCCGAGGACAAGGCGGGCGAGCAGGGAGGGGGACCAACGCAGGGAUGGACGGAGGAGAAGGUGGAAGGGGUCCCGCUGCCGCCGCGGGCCGGCCGGAGGCCGCCGGCAACGGCAGCGAGGGGAGGCAGACGAGGGUGGCGGCGCUCGGGGGAAAAACCUAA